CGUCAACAGCCACUUUUGUUUGGUUCGACUAAUUGUAACACGUGAUCGCGCCUUUUCCCCUCACCAUGACUGCCGUAUCCUCUAGUGCAGUAUUCAGCGACAUCUUCACGAUCAGCGCAAUAGAUAAGGAGGGAAAGAAGUUUGAUCGAGUUUCGCGACUAUAUGCACACUCAAAAAGCUACGACAUGGAUCUGACGCUAGACUACAACAUCGAGCUAUACCCACUUCAAAAAGACCAGACGUUCACGUUGACCCUGGCCUCCUCUCUAGCGAAAGAGCAGGCGAAUGGAGCUGCGCCAGAACCUACGGACGAUGACAAGGACAGAGAUGUGUGGAGGCCAGAUGGAAAGGGUCGACGUGGGCUGGAAGAGGACUACGACUACGUGAUGUAUGGAAAAGUUUAUAAAUUCGACAGCGGGACGAGCGAGAUUGUCACAGCCUAUGUAUCCUUUGGUGGUCUCCUUCUCUCUUUGACUGGUUCGUUCCGCCACAUGACCAACAUCGUGCUGGGGGAUCCGAUCUACGUCUUAUUAAGAAGUUGAGGACGCAGUCCUCGAAUACACAAGCAGCUGUGAAAAGUAGAAAUAUGCUGAAUUAUAUUGUACAGAUGCACUCCUCGCCUCCAGUCGCCGUCCAUUCAAUUCGCUUUGAGACCGCGUAACUUGUGGAUGGCCUCUGCCAUAUCUCCAUCUUUCGUGCGAUCGCUGAAGCUCCAGAAUCGUCGUCCUUUCCCGGUGACCUUAACAUCAACGUCCGCAUCGGUGUCGAAGAAGGACGUGGGAAGGGCAGGCAAGACGAUGUCCUGGUAUCCCACGCCGAAAAAUCGGGCUAGCUUGGCAGCACGGCGUCGCCUCUCUUGAAAUGCAGAGUCUCGUGGGUCGUCGACGAAAGGGAGCGACAAGGUGGAUGGGUCAUCGUCCACUUCUCCCGGGAUCGAAGUCGUUGAAUCUGCCCGUUGUCUGAGAGGACCGGGUGCUGCUUCAGAAAGAGAUCCCUCCUCGCGCUGGAUCUGGAAAAGCUCCGAAGGUGGCUCUUGUCCAAAAAGCUGAGGAGUCCGCCUCCGUUGGGACACGGUAGAUUUGCCAAAAUUGAGAUCGUAGCGCUCCUGAAAUCCACCCGGCGCGUCGUCGAUCGCGUCCUGAACCUGAUUUCGUCCCCACAUAGACCGGGAUCGCCUGAGCUCCACACCUGUUGCUACGCUCCCGCGCGAGGUCUCGGCGCGCUCUCUUGCGCAGUCUUUCUGGUUCGGUCGGCACCUCGAGGCUCGUUGCAGGAUCGAUACCUGGCGCGUGACUCUCCAUCGCGGCCGUUCCGUCCAUAUACUCCGCGCUUUACAGCGGGUCCCGAAAGCCUAGAGAUACGCACGAACGGUUGGCUCGGUGACCCAAAUGGGAGGAGGAAGUGAGUAUGAGUUUGAAUGCUGCCGGAACCGGUAAGCGUACUGUCGAAGUCGAAGCGGAGAAAGAAGUGGGGCAUAAUCGCCAAUCAUUCGAAGCGCUGACAAGCCUGUAAACGAGGCUGCAGAAGUUGGAUCCGAGACGGAUGGGAACGACAUUUACGACAGAUCGCCAUUCGCUGGCAAUGGACUUCGACCAUCGACGGCCACCUAGACUGGGGUGCUCGCGACUCAGUGACCUUACCUUUCUUGCCUUUCUUCACAGGCCCGUGUCCAUUGGCUUUGACGGGGGCCGCCGCAGUCGCUUAAAAGGUAAGCGAACUUAGAUAAGAACGGAGCAGUAGCAUAACGACGGCUGCCUCCCUGAAACGCGUCAUCAAGAUCGCUCAAGGCUCAAGAUUUAGGAGGGCUCAAACUUCAGGGCGUUACAAUGCUUUUUUGGAGGGUCUGGAACUUGAACAAACAGUCCUGGCUCCUAGAUUGGCCGCCGGAAUAUCAAUAUGGUCCAGAAUUUUCUGUAUGAAGGGGCGAUCAUUGUCCUAAAUCUUGCAAUCUGCACAGGAAGAUCAUGAGAAUUGGUGCUAUGUGUGUAGAUGUCUCUGUCUGACCAGGGCAAGUCUCUGUCGGUAAUCAAAAUACUUGGCAAUCGCAAAAAGCAAGUGCCCAGACCGCGGCACCCGCAGACCAACAGCUUCAAAGCAACAUCUCAAAACUGAACUCUCACAGAGCGUGUCAAGAGCUGCCACAGCAGUCCAGUCCUUUUGCUCACUCCAUGGCUCCCAGUCUGCAUGCUCAGGUCUGUCAAAAGGCUCGCGCAAGGAACUGAAUG